AUGUUAAAGGUGUUAGUUUUAUAUCAUUAUCUUAAUUGUCUUCCAAAUCAAAAUUUUUUAAACCUAUUUGUUCUUUUAAACAUGAAAAUAAUAAGUGUAACGUGUUUGCACAUAGCCGUUUUAAAUAGUAAUUCAAUGAUGAUAGAACUUUUAUUAGAUCAUGAAGCAACAAUAAUUGAUGAUCCAGAUUUUUUAUAUAUCACUGGUAUGGCUUUACGACUUGAUUAUGGAACAAUUGCUCGACUAUUCUUAAAUUAUGUUCCUGAUGUAACACUAUACUGCACCAAGCUCAACCAAUCAAAGAUUAUUGAAACUCUUUCACAACACAAUGCUAACAUCCAUCAUACUAUUUCCAACGUGAAUCCAAGUUUUCCUUCAAAUUUAAAAGGUUGUUGUCUUUUAAUGGGCAAUAAAGUUUAUUUUGAUGGUCAAACAGCUCUUCAUAUUGUUUAUAUAGAAGCAGUGGAUGAUAAAGGUUGGACCCCACUUUUUGUAGCUUGUUUUUCAAUUAAUAAUCGAGCAGUUGAAUGUCUUCUAGAUCAUCAAGCGAAUCCUAAUCAUACUGAUUUAGCAAAUCUCACUCCUCUUUAUUUUGCUGCAAAACACUCUGAAAAUAAUUCUAAAGUUUUGCACCAGCUUUUGGAUUAUAAAAUCAAUUUUCAUUGCAUGGAUAAUCAAGGGAAUUCAAUCAUUCAUUUGAUUGCUGAGAAUUAUGAAGAUGCAGAGUUUAUCAAACGUCUUGCUUCGACUUAUAUAAAUUUUAAUUCUGUCAAUAAAGAAGGAAAUACGCCACUUCAUAUUGCUGUUAAAAAUAAUGCUGAUGAUGUGAUUCAAAAUCUCAUAAAAUAUGGUGCUAAUGUUAAUAUUCUGUAUAAAAGAAAACGAACUCCUCUUCGCAAUUCUGUAGAUUAUUUAUUAUCUUGCCACAAGAAGUAUAAGAAACUUCAGAAGUAUUGUAAUCGCGGGUUCAUGAGGAGAAUCUCUUCGGAUGAUGAUUUUCCUGAAAGUUUGAUGGAUUUUGAUGACAGCCAUGAUUCAUUUUAUUGUGAACCAGCUAAGGUUUUAAAGGAAUUAUUAAAGCAUGAUCAUUUAUUAAAAAAUAGAUUAUCCAUUAAAAUUAAUGAUGAUAUGAGGUAUGGCGAAAUUAGGUUGGAUAACUGGAUAUUACAUGCAAAGGUUGUUGAUUUACCAACAAUUGUGGAAUCUCUAAAAACUAUGGAUCAUAAAAGUUUUUAUAAAACAGCUGAUAUUUGCCAGAUGGUCAUUUGUAAAGAGGAAGAUGAUCGUAUAAUCGAUGAAAAAGUGCAAGUAGAACAACCAAAACAAAAAGAUUCGAAUAAAGUUGAUCGACAAUUUUGGUGGCCACAUGGUGUUACACCACCGCUGAAGAAUGUUAGAAAAAGAAGAUUCAGAAAAGUAUUGAAGAAAAAAAUUGUCGAGACCCUUGAGAUAGAGAAAGAGAUUAAAAGAUUAUUACAAGUCGAUAAUGAUGCAGUGAAUGUUAGAUGGGAAGUAAUUUAUGAAGAAAUAGAAGAUAUCAAAUCUAGCAAAUGCUCCAAUUCUGAAAUUAUGAAUGAAAAAACAGAAACAAACAGUUCAUUUCAAAGUGUCGAUCUAAUAUCUCGUAAUACAGUCGAACAUGAUAUAUUUGGUGAAGCUAUAAGUGACAGUGACGAUGAGAAUGAAAAAUUGAAAAUUGAUCAGAUAGAAUUGGAUGAAAGUAGUCAAUUAUCUAUUGACAGCCAGCAUUUUGAUUUCAAUUCAAAUCAGGGAACCGAUUCUCAGCAAUCUCAACAGAGUACUGAUCGUUUACAAGAUAAUCAAAGAUACGCCAUACUUUGUAAAGCCAUUAAGAAAAGAAACAAAGUGAGAGCUCGACAAAUGAUAUUAGAUAAUGUUCAAGUUAAUGAUCCUGCAUCAAAAAACAACACUCCUCUUCAUUGGGCCAUUAUUCAUUUCGAAGAUUUAGAAAUCAUGACGAUGCUACUUGAUCGAGGAGCUGAUAUUCAUGCUGUAAAUCUUUAUGAAUUGAAACCACUCGACAUUGCUGUUCACAGCAACAAGACUGAAGCAGCAUUGUUACUUAUAGAGAGAGGAGCACUUGUCGGUGAAAAUUUGAACGCGCUGCUAUGUAGAAUAUUGGAAAUGAACAAUCUUAUAUUAUUUAAAAGUGUAUUCAAUAACAGAAGACAAAGUGAUUACAGAAUUGAUUACAGGACUUUAUUCAACGAAGCUAUUUGUCGAGGUUGUGCCGAAAUACUUGAAUAUAUUUUACCCCACUGUCUAUUUUUAAAAUCAGAAGAACGAUAUAUUCCACCAAAUUUGGUACUGAAGUUUCAUCGAGGAUACGAAAACUGUGUAGAUGUAUUAUUAAAAUACAAUUUCACAGUUCAUCCAGACAGCUAUCAAGACGAAAAUUUCAUUUUCAGAGCUGUGGAACGUGGUCAUGUUUCAAUUGUCACACAAUUGUUGGAAUGGGGUAUUGAUGUUAACAUGACCCAUUCAGUGACAGGUACAAGUCUCCUGCAAAUAGCAUGCCUGGAGAAAAAUCAUAAAAUUGUUGAAAAUCUUCUGAAAUACAAUGCUUCUUUAACGCCGAAAGAAAAAGUUCCUCCUUCAAAUAAUUCACCUGGUCAUUCAUUGUUAUUUAUCGCUGCAACUAAUUGUGAUCCAGUUACAGCAAGAUUAUUAUUACAAUAUGGUGCGAAAAUAACAAAUGAUCAAUCAUAUUUUCUCAUCACCUGCAUUGCUGCACACGCCAAUUGCGAAGAAAUUGUUCGUAUAAUGUUGGAUCAUGGUGUUGAUGUGAAUUUCAAUAACAUGGAUGGAAAAUCGCUUUUGGAUUCUUGUGUUCGUGAUGGUCCUGCAGAUUCAAGAUAUAACAUCGCUAAAUUACUUUUAGAAAGAGGAGCCAUCUCUCAAAUUCAAGUUCCAGGAAAUUCAUUUCUUUACGAAGCAGUAAAUGGUGGACAUCAUAAAAUAGCUCAACUAUUCUUGGAUAAUGAUGCUGAUGUUCACUUCGUCAACCCAACAGGUGAUACGUUACUUCAUAAGGCAAUAGAAAAGAAUUUUAAUGCAGAAUUUAUAAAAGCUUUGUUACAACGUAAUGUACCAGUUGAUUCUGUAAAUGAUCAAAUGCUUACACCACUUUUUCUUGCUUGCCAAACUAGAUCAAUGAAUCAAUUAGAGAUUAUUGAAGCUCUCUUACAACACAACGCAAAUAUCAAUUAUACUCUAUCAAACGUGGAUAAGUGUUUUCCUCCGGGUUUAAAAAGUCAUAUACUUGCAAUAAAUUUAGCAUGUUAUGCUGAUGGUCAAACACCUCUUCAUUUUAUUUGCAUGCAUCGAAGUGAUUUUACUCGGAGUAUAAUACAACUAUUUCUGCAACAUAAUGCAAACAUUGAGGCUAAAGAUAAAAGAGGCUGCACACCACUCUUAGUUGCCUGUAAAAUAAGUAAUGACACUGCAGUUAAAUGUCUUCUGGAUCAUCAUGCAGAUAUUAAUUGUACUGAUUUAGAAAAUUUCACUCCUCUUUGGGUUGCUGUGAAACAUUCUACACACUAUUCUGGAGUUGUUAGAAUAUUAGUGGAAAAUAAAAUUGAUGUUCACCAUGUCGACAAACAAGGGAAUUCAAUAAUUCAUGAAAUUGUUGAGAGGAAUCAAGGUGAAUUGCUCAAGACUCUUUCUCGUAGUGAUGUCAACUUCAACUCUUUGGACAAAGACGGUAAUACUCCGCUUCAUCUCGCUGUUAACAAGAAAUGCUAUAAUAUUAUUGAAAAUCUGAUAAAGUACGGUGCUGAUAUCAAUUUUUUGGAUAAAAACAAUCGAACUCCUCUUCAAAAAUUAAAUGAUAAAUUAUUUAUUCCAAGUAUACAUUGUUUUGCUUCUAAUAAAACACCUCCAUAUUUUACGACACAAGUAUUGAAAUUAAAUAUCGCUGGAUUAUAUGUGAAUGAACACAAUUUAAAAAUAAUUUUUGAUCAUUGUAAUAAAUGUAAGAUUAAUAAAACAGGAGGAAUUGAUUGUAAAACUAAUAGACUACAAUUUGAAGAGGAAUGUAAAAAAGAAAUGGAAAAGAUGAAAAUGGAGAAAAUUGACAAUGAGUUGAAUAAUAAUGUUAAUAAUUUAUUUGAUAUUAAAAUGACAGGAUAA